AUGACGUCGCGGGCGGCCGAAAUUGCUUCGUUGCUAGACGUGUCGUCGGUGUUCUUGUUCCUCAUCACCCUCGUCGUCUUUUCCAUACCCGUCUUCAUCAUAUUUCCGCCCAUCCCGGUGGAGAGAUCGGAUGCCCUCGGACAGACGCACUCCAAGAUCGGGAUACCGGAGGGCGAGAGCAACUUGCGCGACCAGUAUGCAAACACCAACGACCACGCGCCAAGGAUUCACAGCUUGCACAUUUACCCGCUCAAGUCGUGCCGAGGCAUCGAGCUGGCCGAGGCGACGUUGCUGCCCAAAGGCCUCGAGCACGAUCGCGUCUUUUGCCUCGCGCAGCUCAAGACCAAGAGUCGGACGCGUCCUGGUGCCGGUGCCGCCACCACCACCACCUCUGCGGCCGCUGAUGAGCCCUCGGCAUCAUCAACAUCUUCCGUACAAGUCGACGAGUACUGGGAGACGCUCACACUGCGAAAAAUUGCCCACAUGGCCAAUGUCAAAGUCGACCUAUGGGUGCCCGAUGCAUCCAAGCACAGCCGCCAGCUCGGCCCGACGACGGGCGACGACGGCAGCGGCGGCGGCAACAGCUUCAUGGUCGUGCGCUUUCCCUGGCGCAGCCCCGGCGUCAAGGGCAUCGUCGAGUCUGUCGCCGCCAAGCUUAGCCGAGGGCUGUCUGCCGCUCCGGAGCGUGAGUUUAUGCUCCCCAUGAGCUUCCCGUCUCCCGACGAGGUCAAGGCCCGCGGCUACUCCCAGGCAGAGGUGACGCACUUUCGCAGCGUCAUUCCCGCUCUCAACAUGGGCUCCGAGCUACCCACCGAGCUGGCUUUAUACCUCGGACUCGAGCCUCAAAAACUGACCCUCUUCCGCCUGGAUCCCGCCCAGCGUCGUCAAGUCUUUGGCUCCGCGCCAACGCUCGACGUGGCAGGUUAUCAGCCAGAAAUUGACUUUCAGGAUGCAUACCCACUGCACCUGCUUAAUCUCAGCAGCGUGCGAGCCCUCGAGUCCAAGAUCCGUCGGGAUGCCGACAUUGAUCGACUGGAUUGCCGCCGGUUUAGACCCAACAUUAUCGUAUCCGGCCUUCCGGAAUACGACGAAGAUGACUGGCGGUCUGUGCAGUUCAAAGCCGCGAGCGGCCAAGACGCAGAUAAUAGUCUCUUUGACGUUUCUUGCCGGACUGUCAGAUGCAAGCUACCAAAUGUCGACCCUGCUACCGGAAUCCGGCACAAAGUCGAGCCAGAUCACGCUCUGCGACAUUACCGAGAGAUUGAUGCCGGGGCCCCCAAAAAGGGUUGCAUGGGCAUGCAAAUGUGCCCUCUCUUCCCAAAAGAUGUCGUGCCGCCGCAUCUCCAAUCUACUAUCCGCGUCGGUAUGGAAGUUGUCGUCCUCAAGCGCGGCACGCACCACGCCUUGUAA